AUAUAUCCAGUGUCAAGUCAGUCAAUCUAGACCAAUGGACACCAGAACAGAUACAGUGCAUGCAAGAUAUGGGAAAUACUAAAGCAAGACUACUUUAUGAAGCCAAUCUUCCAGAGAACUUUCGAAGACCACAGACAGAUCAAGCAGUAGAAUUUUUCAUCAGAGAUAAAUAUGAAAAGAAGAAAUACUAUGAUAAAAAUGCUAUAGCUAUUACAAAUAAAGAAAAGAAAAAAAAGGAAGAGAAAAAGAGAGAAAAGGAGCCAGAAAAGCCUGCCAAACCACUAACAACUGAAAAGGUGCAGAAGAAAGAAGAUCAACAGCUCAAGUCUAAGAAAAGCACCAGCCCAAAAAAUGCUGCAGAGCCCACUGUUGAUCUGUUAGGACUUGAUGGUCCUGCUGAGGCACAAGUGACCAAUGGGAACACAACCACAGUGCCACCCCUGAAUGACGAUCUGGACAUUUUUGGACCAAUGAUCUCUAAUCCUUUACCUGCCACUGUCAUGCCUCCAGCUCAGGGGACAACCUCUGUACCAGCAGCUGCUACCCUGUCUACUGUAACAUCUGGAGAUCUGGAUCUGUUCACUGAGCAAACUACAAAGUCAGAAGAAGUAGCAAAGAAACAACUCUCCAAAUACUCCAUCUUAUCUCUAUAUGGUACCGGAACACAACAAAGCACUCCUGGUGUGUUUAUGGGACCCACAAAUAUACCAUUUACCUCACAAGCAGCAACUGCAUUUCAAGGUUUUCCUUCAAUGGGCGUACCAGUGCCUGCGGCUCCCGGUCUUAUAGGAAAUAUGAUGGGACAGAAUACAAGCAUGAUGGUGGGGAUGCCCAUGCCCAAUGGGUUUAUGGGAAAUGCACAGACUGGAGUGAUGCCACUUCCUCAGAAUGUUGUUGGCCCUCAAGGAGGAAUGGUGGGACAAAUGGGUGCACCACAGAGUAAGUUUGGCCUGCCGCAAGCUCAUCCCUUCUCCACUCUCUUGCUCCUAGACCUGUUCAUCCCUGACAUGUUCAUCCUCAUCUUGAUGAUGAAUCCCAGGUCUCCACCCAACUGA